CACGGUAAAAGCGAGACACCCAACAAUGGAGCGCUCCCACCUCCACCACCAUCUCCUCCUCCUCCUCUUGGUCGUCGGAGUUGGCCUCCUCGCCACUGAGGUCGCCGGCCACGAGCAGGAGUCCUGCGACACCGCGAUACUGGCCCAUCACAUCAACAUCCUCUCGCCCCCUACCACCGAGAAGGACCCCGGCGGCGCUAGCUGCGAGGUGGUGCGGUCCGGGGUGGACUCGUCCCUGGCUGCGGCCGCGGGCGUGACCCCGUGCCUCUGCCUCCUCGAUGACGUCCCAGCUUUUCUCGUCACCGGCUUCUUCAUCGCGCACGUCCCCGCCGAGAUCUACGCCCCCUGCGGAGGCCAGCACGUCAACGAAGCCCAGCUCCUCGCGGAGAAAUGCGGCAGAGUAUUGGCUGGAUUGUCAUCCUGGAGAGAGGAGGAGAAGGACAAAGAUGGCGCCAUGGAGGACAAUGAGGACGGCGCCGUGGACGACGAGGCCAUCCGCAGCAACACUGAUGGGUUGGCUGGCUCUAUGUCCAUCGUCGAGUAGGAACUAGGAAGAAGGCAGUGGAAGACCGUUUAAUUGUACUGGCGCUUGUGGCCUGGGCCGCAGUUAGUUCAGCGUUGUUUUUCUUCCUUCUUUAUGUUUCCGUGGAACCUGUCGAUUCUUCUGAUUACAAGUUUUGUGUUGAAUAAAAUAUAAAUAAGGUGG